AUGGUAGCAGUAAGAGCAAGACCAUUAAACUAAAGAGAAUAAGAAUAUAAUGAAUAUGAAAUAAUAAGAAUAUUAGAUUAAAGACUUGUAGUAUUAAUAGAUCCUGGUUAUGAAUUCAAUUAAAAUGAUGUAUUACGUAAAAACCGAAACAAAGAAACCUAAUAUGCAUUUGAUUUUGCAUUCUGUAAAAAUGAAGGACAAGUAGAAGUUUUCCAAAAAACCUCCUAUUUUUUAUUAGAUGGAGUUUUAGAAGGUUUUAAUGCAACAGUUUUUGCUUACGGAGCUACAGGUGCUGGAAAAACAUACACAAUGGUCGGCUAUGGAGAUAAUAUAGGAAUAAUGUCUCGAACAAUGAAUUAAUUAUUUAAUUUAAUUGAAAAAAACUCCUAAAAUAAUGAGUAUAAAAUAAUGGUAUCUUAUUUAGAAAUAUAUAAUGAAACAAUAAAAGAUUUAUUAAAUUCCGAAAAUAAAAACUUAGAUUUAAGAGAAGAUCCAAAUUAAGGUGUAAUAAUAGCAGGAAUAACAAAUGUUUAAUGUAAAAAUACUUAAAAUAUAAUGGCUUUGUUAAAAAUAGGAAAUAAAAAUAGAAGUCAAGAUUCUACAAAUGCAAAUGAAUUUUCUUCAAGAUCUCAUGCUAUUUUAUAAGUUGAAGUUUAAAUUAAAGAAAAAGGACAAGCCAUCCAAUAAUAAGUAAAAUUCUCGAAAUUGAGUAUGGUUGAUUUAGCUGGAAGUGAGAGAGCAGCAAACACUUAAAAUAAAGGAAUUAGAAUGAUUGAAGGAGCAAAAAUUAACUAGUCUUUACUUUGUUUAGGGAAUUGUAUAUAAGCACUUUCAGAAAUUUAAGAAAAAGGAAAAUAAAAUUAAUUUGUACCGUAUAGAGGAAGAUUCUUUAGGUGGUAAUUGUAGAACUGUAAUGAUUGCUAAUAUAUCACCUAGUGUACUUAGCUUUGA